UUACACCUCUUCCAUUUAGACAAUAAACAAGACAGCAAUAUACAACUAGAGCUAUACAGUUUCUAUCUUCACAAUGGAGGACACUGCAGACAACAAGAAUCUUUAUGAAGUCAGUGAGUAUGAUGGAAAGGAUGACUUCCCUCAUCAACCCAUCAGUAACAUUGAAAUACAUGAUAGCAUCACAACUGGAAGGAAAGGCCUGCUUGUUCUGGUAGGCAUUCAAGCCUUCAUAAUCCUUAUCCUUAUAAUACUACUGGGUAUCAAUGGUGUUACACUAACACACUUGAAUACAGUAGAUAUGUGUGAUAGUACUGGAGCUAGUACUGGAGCUAGUACUGGUGGUCUUGGAAACACAGCAACUGAUAAUGCAACUGCUCAAAUACUUGACAUUACCAGACGCAUCCUUAGCUACAAGGCCAAUGAUACAAUGUAUGCUCAAAGCAGUGCUAGUAUGCUUCAAGGUCUCAGUGCUAAUGUGAGCCAACUCUCCCAGCAGUUGGGGACCACUGAUGAUAAGAUUGAUGAUAUCAGGAGCAUGGGCUAUGAGCAAAUGGGUCUCUUCCUUAACAUGUCUGACUAUCUUUAUCAAGUACUUCAGACAACAGGACAGUCUGCUCAAAGGCUCGUAAACAUUGUUAGUACUCUCUCUAAUAUCAAGGACACAGCUACCUCUGCUGCUGGAGUAACUGAUGAUAUACUAGUCAUAGUUGAAGAACUGCUACAGUUACAGAAUGUCUCUUCACUCUUCAAUUCCUUGACACCAGUCUCUUGUAAAGAUGUCAAGGUAGUCCUACCUAACAGUCCUUCUGGUUGGUAUAAUCUUAACAAUCAAAACACUUACUGUAAUAUGGAGGAGCUGUGUAGUUCAGGAGGAGGAUGGACAAGACUAGCAUAUCUGGAUAUGUCUGAUGCUACACAGAACUGUCCUUCUGGGUUUAACACAUACAACUCAGGAGGAGUUAGAGCUUGUGGUAGACAUACAAGUGGUGCUGGCUGUGCUUCUGUUACAUACCCAUCUAAUGGUAUCAGUUAUUCUCAAGUGUGUGGUAGAGUUACAGGAUAUCAAUAUUAUUCAACAGAUGCAUUUUAUGGACCAAGUGACAUCAAUUCUUAUUACGUUGAUGGUGUUAGUAUCACUCGUGGGUCUCCUCGUCAACAUGUCUGGACACUAGCAAACGGCAUCACUGAUACUUAUAACAAUAAUCCUAGCAUUAUAUGUCCAUGUGCAACAGGGAGCUCCCAGACUGUCCCAUCUUUUGUGGGAAGCCAUUACUUCUGUGAGUCUGGUAAUCAUGCUUCUGGUUGGCUUUCUACACUCUACACAUCUGAUCCACUCUGGGAUGGCCAAGGUUGUGGAGUACUCGAAGCUUCUUGUUGUUCAGCUCCUGGUAUCCCAUGGUUUCACAGAGACUAUGGUAACACUACCACUACUGACUAUAUUGAGUUGAGGGUGUGCAGUGAUCAGGAAAAUGCUAAUGAAGACAGUCCUGUUGGCUUUUAUGAGAUUUAUGUCAAAUGAUUUGACUGAUGUUUCAAGCUCCUAUUAUGAUUAUUACUUGCAUGCUUUCAACUAACAUUCUUUUUUGCUAUAACACUAUAUAUUUGCUAUUAGCAAGUACUUGCUAUCAUUAUUAUGUAUCUGCUAUUUUCCAUUGUUAUAUAGAAGACUGUAUCUUAA